CAUCCUGCCCACUGGGACAUAUGCCCAGGAAAGGGAUUAUCACCUCAAGGUCUUCAGAUAACAGCCUGGUGCACAGGGAUAUAAUGGGGAGCCCUCCAGGCUGGCACCCUACACCUCCCUGACUGCCCAACCAUGACCUUCCUCUGGCUUCUCUCCUGCUGCGCCCUCCUGGGCACAGGCUUAGGCUGUGGGGUCCCCGCCAUCCAACCCGUGCUGAGCAGCCUGUCUAGGAUCGUCAAUGGGGAGAACGCUGUCCCUGGCUCCUGGCCCUGGCAGGUGUCCCUGCAGGACAGCACUGGCUUCCACUUCUGCGGGGGCUCCCUGAUCAGCGAGAACUGGGUGGCCACUGCUGCCCACUGCGGGGUCAGCACCUCCCACCGGGUCGUGGCUGGGGAGUUUGACCAGGGCUCAAACUCCGAGAGCAUCCAGGUGCUGAAGAUUGCCAAGGUUUUCAAGAACCCCAGCUACAGCUCGCUCACCACCAGCAACGACAUCACCCUGCUGAAGCUGUCCACACCCGCGAGCUUCUCCAAGACCGUGUCCGCCGUGUGCCUGCCCAAGGCCAGCGAUGACUUUCCCGCCGGGAUGCAGUGCGUCACCACGGGCUGGGGCCUGACCAAAUACACCAAUGCCAACACCCCCGACAAGCUGCAGCAGGCGACUCUGCCCCUUCUGUCCAACACCAGCUGCAAGACGUACUGGGGCAGCAAGAUCACCAGCAGCAUGAUCUGCGCCGGUGCCAGCGGCGUCUCCUCCUGCAUGGGUGACUCUGGCGGCCCCCUGGUCUGCCAGAAGAAUGGAGCCUGGACGCUGGUGGGCAUCGUGUCCUGGGGCAGCAGUACCUGCUCCACCUCCAGGCCUGGCGUGUACGCCCGCGUCACCGCACUCGUCUCCUGGGUGCAGCAGACCCUGGCGGCCAACUGAGCCCCCAGCCUCACCCUGGCCUCCCUGCCGACCUGGCUUCCAGAAAGCCUCAAUAAACCA